AUGAUAGAAUUUCACUAUGCUAGUAGAGACAAAUACCUACUAUCUGUGGCUGUAGCUGCUCCAAAAACAAUUAUCGAUGUUUCCUAUGAUGUACCAAAGAUAGCAAGAUACGUCGAUUUUGUCAAUCUAAUGUCUUAUGAUUAUCAUGAUUAUUCCAAAUACAUGCCAUUUACUGGACAUAAUAGUCCAUUAUUCAGGAGAAGUAUUGAGAGAGGUUAUUUUGCCACUCUAAACACGGCAUGGUCUGCACAAUAUUGGUUGGAGAAAGGUUUACCGAGAUCAAAAUUAUUAGUGGGAAUUCCAACGUAUUCACAUAGUUAUAAAUUAGCCGUUCCUUACAUGCAUGGUUUCGAUGCUCCGGCUGUUGGUACUGGUCUUGGAGAGUUAACAUAUUCUGAGGUAUGUAACUUUUUAAAAGAAGGUGGAAUUCGUGUUUUUGAUAAAGAAAGUCAAGUUCCUUACACUUAUAAAAAUCUAAAUUGGAUUGGUUAUGAUGAUUAUCAAAGUGUUUCAGCAAAGACCCAUUGGAUAAUGAAGAUGGAUUUUGGUGGAGCAAUGACCUAUGAUCUAAACUAUGAUGACUGGAAGGGAAGUUGUGAUGGGAAGACAAAGUUUCCACUGCAUCAAAUAAUUCGAAGUAUUCUCUGUGAUAAAAAAGCCAAUUGUGAUUAGCAGCAUUAAGUUCUUAAUUAAUUUAUUUAUUCAAUGUUUAAUGUAAAGUUAAGUUAGUUUAUCAAGUAACUGCAUGGGAAUGAACAAGCUCAGACAAACUUCAUUUCAUCAUUGUUCUAGUCAUCAUUUUACCACUUCAACUAUAUAUAAGUAUUUAUUUCAGUAUUAAUUUUUUUUUUUUAAACAAUUUUUUAAAAAAUUUCUUAAAAAACAUUAAAACUUUAAAGGUUAAGACAAUAUAAAUAACUAUUGUUUUUUUUAUUAUCUAUAACUGCAUUUUAUCAGAGACAAAUACUAAGGUUUACAAAACGUUAGCAUUUAUAAUCUUGUUCAUUUAAUUUGAAAUGUUUUAAAAUCAUUUUUGUUAAGAUGUUUGCUAUGUACUUUUUAUUUAUGUGAUGAUGACAUUUUUAUUAUGAAUUACUUGAAACUGAAUAAUAAUGAAUAAGCACGAUUUAUCAAGUGACGUUUUACUGUUAACUUUUCUUUGAUUUAAGAUAAGUUCACAGGAAAUUUAAAAAAUGCAUGAAUGUUAUCAUCUUUUAUUUAUUAAGUGCAAUUAAACAUUGUGACCAAACAGAUGUAAUCCUGAUUUAAGUUUUUUCUCAUAGAAUUCAAAGUUUGCCUGAUUACCAUGUGCUCUGUUUGUCACCAUAGAAAUCUGAAUUCAACUCCAAGCCAUACUCAGUCUGUGGAGAGACAGCAUGGUCUCUGCUAAAACCUCAGUCCCUCGGACCUUUCCUAACAACAUUUUUCCACCACACAUGACAGUGCUAUGUCCUUGCAAAGAAACAAAGAAAUUUACUUUAAAAAACAAGACCCAUUGUUACAGCAUCAUCUAUUUGCCAAAGGCUAUGGAAGAAACUUUUGAUGAGGGGUCAGUACUUUUUAAAGAGUUAUUAAAAUAGAUUAAUCUGUUUAUUAUGCUCUGAAACAACCCCUAUAUUUUUUCCAUAUAGAAAACAUAAAUAAACAUAUAACUUUUUAUAAAUUGAGUUUCUGACUUAAAGUUUAGGUUUCUUUGAUUUUUAGAAGGGAAAAAAAGUGGAUGGGGUAAUGACCUACUCAGCCCCAUAUCCACUCCUGUCAUAAUUUAUCAAUUAGAGUUGGGGCAUCUUCUCCAAACCUCAGUGGGUGAAAUAAUGGAUGAUUACUGUACAUUGUAAAUUUCAUAUUUAUUUUAAAAGGUACAAAUUAUGUAAGGUUGAUAUAUCUGCUUAUUAAGAAACCAAAACCAUUCAUUAAUCUAGAAAUGUUUUGGGAUAAGGCUGCGACUAUGCAGAUGCAAGUGAAUGAGAAUAUGUGGCGAGAAGAGGCGAGACGCGAUAAAUAUCAAAACCUGUCAGAUAUGUGCGAGAACCAGAAAUUCGCUCUUGCUAGCAUUAUUUCUUGCUUCUCGUUUGUGCAUGGUUUUUCUUUGCAAAAACUAAAUCGCUCGCAAUAUCUCGCUUGCUCUAAAUUCACAUCUGCAUAGUUGCACCCUAUUAAAGGCCAUUCUAAGCUAUCAAAUCUAACAUUUGAAUAUCAAAAUGGAACAGCACAGAAUGUUCCAUUCUGAGAUUGGUUGAUGGGAUUAAAAUUGUUGAAAACAUUUUUAGAUUAGAUCAGGUCUAGACAAUCAAUGUAUUUUAGGUUGUUUUGCAGACUGUAACUAAUUAGAGAACUAAAGCGAGAUAAAUUCAAACUAUCCAUUCACCGUUUUAUUCAUAAAGUUGUGUAUUGUAAUGUGCUAACAUUGUAUAUGUUAUUACAUUUCUUACUGUUAUUUUGUAGUAUAUAAAUUAUUUCUCAGGUAUAAUUUAUUUUUCUUAUUAAUUAAAAUAGUGAAGCAAAACUAUUGAGAAAUUUGCAUAUUUCUGUACAAAAUGUAAUGUGUGUGUUUUAUACAUAAUUUUUUUAUAAAAUGAAUUAUAUGCGUUGGCAGUUUAGUUUGAAAACUGCCAACAUUUAAAGGAAACUGUAGACUACAAUGAAAGCUUCUCACAUAGCUAAACACUUCAUAGAAAUGUUGGAAACAUUCAAAAAGGUCCAAUAUUUGCUCCUGGACUAGAUGGAAAUCUGGGUACCACACAGCGGCAAGUUGUUAUCCAUAUGACCAAUGUGAUGAAGGUAUCAAAUUAACACUAAGUCAGCUUGUUGUAAGUAGAUUGUUCUGGUACUUAAUUGCCAAUUGUAUAAAGUAUUGUAUAUUGUGAGCCAGUAAAUAAGCAAACAUAUAGUUAACUAGAAAUUGAAAUAUAUAUUUUUAUGUAUGCCAAAGUUUCAAUGUGGGUUUUAAUGUAUGAUAUACACUUAUCUUGUAUAUUUUGCAUUUGUAAAAUAUUUUUAUUGUGUAUGUAAAUCUUGUAAGCUCAUGACAAUAUAAAUUAAAAGUAACUACUAAUAAUAGCAAAGUAAAUGAAGUAAAUAAAAAUAUUUUUUCGAGUAUUAACUAAUAUAUUUUAUUGAAAGCCCAUCAAUGUCCAAUUGGAUAAAACUAGUGAACACUGGUGGGUUUUCGCCUGACUAACAACCUGGUGCCACGUGGACUUUUCUGCGGUUCUAUCACGUAUGUAACUCGUAAAUAGGGACCAGUUUUUAUAAGAAUCCUCCCAGGAGACAACCUUGCAGAUUCCGUAAAUGAUUUUUGAACAGUCGACCCUUCAAAAAUCAGCUACACAAUUUCGUUCAGCUCAUCUCGUUCUUACGUGGGUUAAGAAUGUUAUAAAGAUGUCAAGUUUGUAUUUAAUUUUAAAAGAAUGCCAAACAACCACUGGAUCAUAUCGGGCUACUUUUUUGCGAUUAUAUUUAAAUAAUUUUUACUAAAGGCAGAAUCGAUACUUAUACUGGUCCCAGCGCUGCCAAUAGCUGUAAUACUACUAUUAUUUAAUAAAUAUUUCUGCCGCUUCGAUCGCGUAUAGUCGUAAGUUUGGCUGGAGCAUAAGUCAGCUGUAAACAUUCGAAAUUAUUUUCAUACAGUAUAUGAAAUUUUCUCGUUUUUAACUCAUAAAGGAUCGCUUAUAAAUGCUAUUUUAAUCCGGUU